AUGCCUACAGCAAACAAAACGUUCUGGCAGAAGCUGAGUGAUCAACACAACCACAAUGCUCCCGAUAUUCGUUCAACUGCUUCAAUAAUGCCGUCAGUAAAGAAAAGAGUUUAUUUUGAAGAUCAACCGUUCAUGGUUGAAAAUAUUACACCAGCUACUAAUGUUAGUUAUGAAGAGUGCUAUUCCGAACUGAAAUACGUUUGCAGAGGUAUAAAUCGGAACAAUUAUUCUAAAUUAUUAACAGGAAAACAAAUUUAUAAUUGCGAUUAUGACAUAAUUGGCGUUAUUCGAGACGAACUCACCUUAGAAUCAGCAUGUUGUUCAAAAUAUUGUAGUAUUUUUCAAAAUCAGUGUCGUCAAUGUAGUGAAUUGGAAAAACACCUAGUUUCAAUCAUGGAAAAUAGGCAUGAUAUAUUUGAAAUGCUAUUGAAAGGAAUUUUACCACAACCCAAGCAAUUAAUAUCAUUUCCAUUAUUGAUGUAUGAGUUAUUGUGUAAACUUGUGCCAUUUAUACCAGUCAGCCAAGAUGAACACAAACUUUUAACAGUGUUUAGAAAAGCUCAAACUUCAUACAAUGAAGCAUUGUCGACACAAUACAACAACAAACAAAUUACGAACAAUGAACACCGUGAUACACAAGCUUUGAAGGUUCCAAGGUCAAGCUUUACUCCAUUCUUAGAGACAUUUUUUGGAUCCUUUAUAUUCAAUCAGUUGCAAAAUUAUACAAAGAAUCCAUUUCAUCACAAAUAUUCAGAGGUUGAAAGAAGAUAUUGGGUUGUGAUGAAAUAUUAUUGUGGAAAACAAUUUUUCAUCAGAAUGGGAGGAGAGCGCAAUCAAAAUAUUGAACGGAAUAAUUUUAAUCAUUUAAAAUAUAAUCUAAUUAUACCAAGUUGGAAUACUGUUAAACAAUGGACACCUGCUGGUUGUUAUGGUAUGAUUCCCGACAUCACACUUACCCUAAAGAACAUGUUACUGCCUGACUCUUGUAAAGAUACAUGUAUCUCGUUUGAUGGAAUGAAAGUGUUUAAACAUUUUGAUGUUUUGGGAGAUCAAAUUGUUGGAAGUGAAAAAUAUUGUUACACUGUUGAAGACGUGAAACAAUUUGGUGUUAAACAUCUAAUAGACCAAAUGAUUUUAUUUUCUAUUAAUGCCAUCGAUAAUUCAUGGCAUUUACCGCUGGGUUGGUUUGGAGUUAGUUCUGAAACAGACGUACUUGAAUUUGUCACUAGCAAAAUACUUUAUUUCAAAGAGUUGCUCCAAGAAUCUGUAACAAUUGUGUGUGGAUGUUCUGAUGCAGAAAUUGAUGCACAUGCUGUGCAAACAAUUAUUAGAAAAAAACACAAAGACUUCAUUUUCGUCAAUGAUUACGUUCACAAUUUCAAAAAUCAACGAAAUGUAUUAUUUAAUGGAACAAUAUUGCACGAGAAAAUCUCAAUGCAGACCAUAAUUUAUUACAUGAUACAACAUAGGACAUUGUAUCGAUUACUCGACAGAGAAGAAGUUGAUCCUACGGAUAUUAUGAAUUUGAAAUCAUGUCUAAAUUUAACAGAACGACCUGUAUUGCAAGAAUUACGUAAAAUUGGCACUAUAGAGGCAAAUAGUGUUGCUGGUUACCUUGAAUUAAUUCGUGAUAUUUAUGACUGCAUUAAUGAUAACAGUCCGGAUAUAAUUGAUAUUUUGAGUGAAAGCAAAACAAUUUUCGAAAAAUUACCCAAUUAUCCCAAAAAAACGAAGAAAAUAUGUGUUCACACACUUGAAGGAUUUCUUGCAUUAGCGUCUCGGUUUCCAAAUUUCAAACCCAGUUGCAUUACAACAAAUUAUGAAGAGCUACUCUUUUCAAUAAUUCGAGGAAUGUUUCCCAAGCCAACAACCAAACAAUUUUGCCAAAGCGCACUAUUUUCAUUCUAUAUAUUUUUAAUAUUACAUUCCACUGACGAUGUUCGUGGGUUCUCACUCCCAGAUAUUCCAUUAACUGAUCAUUAUUUUGGUAUGAAAUUGGUUAUCAAGAUUUUACCAACUCUUCCUGGUCGAAUUGUACUUGAUAGAAAUGUCAAGAAAAAAACUUGCAAAGAAUUACAAAUUAUUAAUCAAAACGUAGCCACUUACUCAAGAAAAACUACGUUGAGGGCUGAAGUGUGUGCUCCUAAAUGUAUAUAUUUAUGCUGCCCUGUUUCUGGAUGUAAAAAACAAAAACCAUAUAUUAUCAAAGGGUCUUUUACAAAUCAUUUGAAAGCUAAACAUCAAUUUUCAGACGAAGAAGCAGAAGCAACAGUUGCUCAAUUAGAAUGUUUGCAAUUUUCUGCUCAAUUAGAAAAAGAUGUUGCUUUUAGGAAACAAAGUUGCAAAAACAAUGAGAAUAUUAUUGUACAACACAAACCACCUUACCUGAUUUCAAAAUUCAAAAACAGGUUGACUAUUCAAUAUAAUUUUGCACCUCUUAAAUCAAUUCCCACGCCUCACUGUAUCAAUCAAGAGACAAGACGACCAUUGAACUUCUUUGUGCUAGAUUUAGAAACAACAGGAUUUUCUCCAAAAUGCAACUCCAUAAUUCAAUUUGCAAUGUUAUCAUUAUUUAGUAAUGAAUUACAUUCCAUAUUUGUAUCCCCUAGUGGUGUGUGGAGUUCUAUUGCAUUACAAAUGCACGAAACUAAAUUUCAGAUUUUGGAUGAAAGUGAAACAUUGCAAAACAUGAUUCCUAAAAUUUGUAAUUAUUUGACUAGGAAUGACACUGCUGAUGUGAUGUUGUUGGUUCAUUCAACUGGUUUGGACAAGGCUUUCUUUAGUGCUGCAAUUGCACCACUUAAACUCCGAUCAACAAUUUACUAUUGUUCUACUAUGCAAAAAAACUUGCUUGGAAAAAAGGGAUUAGAAAACCACUUUAGAGAAAAAGUAUGUGACUCUCUUCCCGGAAUAGCACAUAAUGCCGUUGUGGAUGUGCUUAUGUUGUAUGAUUUGCUGUUGUCGAAGUUUGGGAACGAUCAAGAAAUUGUGAAGGCCAUCGGAAAAGCAGAAUGUACAACAAUAGACGACUAG